GUUUCCGGAUGGAGGCGGGGCGGACUGGAGCGCGACGUUGCCUUCUGCGUGUGGUUGCGCGGGCUGAGUUGAAGACCUGCGGCCGACGAGGAGGACCUGCGGCCUUCGCGGUCACCAUGACGACGGAGAGGCUCUCUGACUUGGGCCUGAGCGGGGUGCUGACAGGCUGACCCCCCAUCCCCCUAACCGAGGCUGUCGGACCCGCCUUUCCCCCUACAAGACCCUUCUCCGCCUUUUACCCGAGGAGCCCUAUCAUUUCCAGCUUCCUCAGCCGAAAAGACGCCGUGACCUCUCCGUACCAGGGGGGCUUCGUUCGCCAUGUGCCCCUGAACUGUGGAUCUACCCACAAAGGUCAUGGAGAAGAGAUUGGAAGACAAUUACAGCAUCAGUUCUUUGCAAAUUUUGGGAGAUUUUCUUGGAAAAGCUGCCAAGUGGCUGGGCCAGUUUCACCUGCUCUACGUGUGUGUCUGCCUCAACGUUUUCUGUUCUUAUACAGAUGCAAGCUGGAACAGAAGAGCAUGCCAGCUCAGGAGGCCUCUGGUGGGGGGGCACUUGAGGUCGUUGGAUGGAGUCCACCUCUGGCAGCUAGAUGGAUUUCACUCUGUCCAUUCUUGUCAAGCCGCUUGUUGUCAGAACCCUGACUGUGAUGCUUUUUGGCUUAUGAGCAAAAUGUGCAUCCAGGUGAACUGCAUCAGUCCUUCUGGGUGUCAAGCAGUACAGACCAACACUACAGAUUCCAUCUUGGUGUUUGUAAAGAAGCGUGAUAAUGCAUUCUCCUCCCAUCCUGCAGCAGAGAGGAAAACUCCACUUCGUAAAUGGUUGGACUGGAGGGAGAGCAGUGCAAGAAGUAAUACAAGGAUGCAGAGGUCCUUCCAAGAGCUGCGGACUCAGAGAGUUCACAAAGCAGAUGAUAUAAGGAGCUAUCUGAAGAGGGAUGUAAGCUCCAGCAGUGGAAAUCCUGUGAGCCCUCCUUCUCCAUCUCAGGCCUUGGAUAGUAAGGACUUGGCGGAGUCUCAGUUUUCAGGGCAAGACACCAACCUUCCCAGAGACCUUGUGAAUCCAGAUAGGGUCUUACUGCAUAACAGUGAAGAUCAAAGGAGUUCAGAAUCUCAAAGCCCAACUCUUCCUGUGGCCAAUAAUGUGAACAACCCAAGCAAUCUUGCUGGAAGUGAUGACGGAGGGGCCCCUACAGGAGCUGCCACUCCAGAACCGUCUCCUGUGGCUUCGUUCUCCAGUCCUGCUGUACCAGAGUUGAUGCCUGUUGGGGACUCUGAGAAAUCCAAACCAUCCAGCCCUUCCAUUCAGCCUUCAUCCUUGGAAGAGGCCAUUCCAAGUUCCAGCACUCUUCAGGGGAAAGAUACUGUGACAGUUCAGCAGGUGACCUCUGUUCCCACUGGUGUUCCCGCCAACAACAGUGGUACUGUGGCCCCGACUAAUCCUGCCGCAUUACCUAGCACUGCUGCCCCAACACCGGUUAUUAAGAAACUAGCGGUUUCUGCUGGAGAUAGUGUACAGGUGACCCUUCCAAAGAAUGAAGUGGAGCUGAAUGCUUAUGUCUUACCUCCACCAACUGAAGGAAACCCCUAUUCCUAUGACUGGAGACUAAUCACCCAUCCCACGGAUUAUAGUGGAGAGAUGGAGGGCAAGCAUUCACAGAUCCUCAAGUUAUCCAAGCUUACAGUUGGCCUGUAUGAAUUCAAGGUAAUAGUUGAGGGUGAUAAUGCACAUGGUGAAGGAAGAGUGAACGUGACAGUGAAGCCAGAACCACGAGUAAAUCAGCCCCCCAUGGCUAUUGUGUCUCCCCCAUUCCUGGAGAUCUCAUUGCCAACCACCUCUACGGUAAUUGAUGGCAGCCAAAGCACUGAUGAUGACCGGAUUGUCAGCUACCACUGGGAAGAAUUGAAAGGACCUUUGCGGGAAGAGAAGGUAUCCGCAGAUACUCCUAUUUUGAAACUGACCAAUUUGGUACCUGGAAACUACACAUUCAGCCUCACUGUGGUGGACUCAGAUGGUGCCAGCAAUUCCACCACCGCCAGCCUGACGGUAAACAAAGCUGUGGAUUACCCACCUACAGCAAAUGCAGGUCCUAACCAAGUGAUCACUCUGCCCCAGAACUCCAUCACCCUUUAUGGGAACCAGAGCACAGAUGACCACGGCAUUGUCAGCUAUGAAUGGUCCCUGAGCCCCAACAGCAAAGGAAAAGUAGUGGAGAUGCAGGGAGUGAGGACGUCGACUUUGCAGCUUUCCGCAAUGCGUGAAGGUGACUACACCUACCAGCUGAUGGUGACAGAUUCUGCUGGCCACCAGUCCACUGCUGAGGUGACUGUGAUUGUGCAGCCUGAAAACAACAAACCUCCUGAGGCAGAUGCAGGUCCAGACAAAGAGCUGACCCUCCCAGUGGACAGCACCACUCUCGAUGGCAGCAAGAGCUCAGAUGACCAGAAGAUAGUCUCUUACCUUUGGGAAAAAACACGGGGCCCAGAUGGAGUGAAACUGGAGAAUGCCAACAGCAGCAUUGCCACAGUCACUGGGCUGGAGGUUGGAACAUAUGAAUUCACGUUGACUGUCAGAGACGAGCGGAACUUGCAGAGCCAGAGUUUGGUGAUGGUAAUUGUCAAGGAAGAGAUAAACAAGCCCCCCAUUGCAAAAAUCGCUGGGAACAUUGUCAUCACCCUUCCAGCAAACACAGCUGAGCUUGAUGGGUCAAGAUCCACAGAUGACAAGGGAAUCGUCAGUUUUCUGUGGACUCGGGAUGAAAGCAGCCCUGCAGCUGGGGAGGUGUUAAAUAAUUCGAAUCAUCACCCUGUGCUUUUCCUCUCCAACCUGGUGGAAGGGACGUACAUGUUUCAUUUGAAAGUGACUGAUGCCAAAGGAGAAAGUGACACGGACAGAGCCACCGUGGAAGUGAAGCCUGACCCAAGGAAAAACAACCUAGUGGAGAUGAUCCUGGAUGUGAAUGUCAGCCAGCUGACAGAACGGCAGAAGGGUAUGUUCAUCCGUCAGAUAGGCGUUCUGCUGGGCGUUUUGGAUUCCGACAUCACUGUGCAGAAGAUUCAGCCCUAUACUGAGCAGAGUACCAAGAUGGUGUUCUACGUGAAGAACCAGCCCCCUCGUCAGAUCUUCAAAGGACACGAUGUUGCAUGGACGCUCCGGAAUGAACUGCGGAAGCAGCAGUCAGACUUCCUCAUUUUCAAAGCGCUGGAGAUCAACACAGUCACAUGCCAGCUGAACUGUUCAGAGCAUGGGCACUGUGACUCCUUCACCAAGCGCUGCGUCUGUGACCCUUUCUGGAUGGAGAACUUCAUCAAAGUGCAGAUCAACGACGGGGAGAGUAAUUGUGAUUGGAGCGUGCUGUAUGUUGUCAUCGCCUCCUUCGUCAUUGUGGUCUCCUUUGGGAUCAUCUCCUGGGCCGUGGUCUGCUGCUGCAAGAAACGGAAAGGAAAACCCAAAAGAAAGAGCAAAUACAAGAUUUUGGAUGCCACAGAUCAAGAGAGUCUGGAGUUGAAACCAAAUCCCAAAGCAGGCAGCAAACAGAAAGCUCAGGUCCAGAACACCAGUCUGAUGCAUUCGGAAUCUGAGCUGGACAGCGACGAAGCGAUCUUCACGUGGCCGGAUCGGGAGAAAGGAAAACUCUUGCGCAGCCAGAAUGGUUUCCUGUGCAAUGGGCAGGCGCCACCCAAGCUGAAGAGUCAGCGAGAAGAAAUCCUAUAGCCUCAGGCUGGCAUUGGCUAAGCUCUAUGGCAGGUGGCCAUAGGAGGCUGCUCUUUCCCUCCGUUGCACGAGGAACCAAUGGAAACCAGCCACACCACGUUCAGGGUAAUGCUGCUAACGUAUGACGUGACUACACCUUUUGUUUACUGCUGAUCUUUUUCUAACUGCUUGUACUUGAAUUUGGACUUCAAGGGAAACUGGCAGAAAGAAGCUGUGAAACAAAGACUGUGAAAGGCAGGCGCUCGUUCCAGAAUGCCACAGAAUUUACCUCCUCUGCUGAAAUUGUAAAAUUGCCAGCCUGGGUCAGGCACCUCUUCCUGUAGGCCCCAAAAUCCGACUGCCGUGGGAAUGGUCCUCUUCACCCCCACACUUCUUUUGGUGGAGGGUGGUUGGUCGUGUUUGCAAGGACCCGACAUUGCUCUCGCCUGCCUUGAAAGCCAAGAUGCCUCGGACUGCGUGUCGGGGUCUCUUUGUUCCUAAAACACUCGCUCCAGCUGUAGGAAAGCAAUUUUGGUUCCUCUCAUUGUCACUGAUGAGUUUUCCGAGUCUUUCUAAACAGGAGGAGGAGGCCGGGCUUUGCAGACUGCAAGGUGUUGUGGCUGCAAGGGCAAGGGUGGGGGAAAUGCUUUCAGGUCAUGUUUAUGAUUGUAAAGGGUUUUUUUUUUUCCUUGUUUUAAAUUAUUGUUAGUCUCAACACUGGGAAUGGUGGCAGUGCUGCCAUAUCUGUGACCCCCACGCCAAACACUUCCCGUCAGUUCCCAAUAUGUUGGACACUUAAAUCUUUGUAGCCUUUAGAGUAGCAAGUUCCUCUUCUUGAUGAGAAAUACCUUUGAUAAUGGAAAAAUCUUUGCACAGCUGUAAAAGAAGAAGAGGUGGGGGAGCUAAAGCUAAGCAUGGCUAGAUUGAUUGACUGCUUUGAUCCCCAGUAGAUCAAUGCCUCCAACCCCCUCUGUUUUGCACUUCUUUGUUCCUUGUUGGUUUUUAUCAGUGUCAGAGAAAUGUCCCAUCUUUUGCUUGCCCAUACUAACCUCUGUUGAGCCGCCUCAUUUGAAUGACCACUAAUUUUGUAGAAAUACCUCUGCUGUUCACGCCAGCCCCCCCCCCUCCUUUUUGAGUCUAUGGAAUGUGAUGAUUGUGUGCAAUUUAUCUUCUCUUGUCUUCCCCUCCCCCUCCCGCCUUAUUCUCCCCACCUCUCGCCCCUUCACACUUGGCAAACAUUGUGCCUCUCCUGAAAAGUAAACGCACUUUGAAGGACUUCCCCCCCUCCCUAUUCAGCUCUGCUGUCCUCCAGCCCCAAAGCAUAACUUUUCUGCUGCUUCUGCUUCGAUGCAGAGGGGCUUUGCUUUAACAAUUAAGUCUUCUCUAGGUUAGGGAUGGUCAGCUGGCUGCCCGUAGGGCAAUUCCAGUCCAGGAAGCAUUCUUAAAACUUUUCUGGCCCCACAAAGAUUGACAGAUCAAAGCUGAAGAAAGCAUUUGCAAUAAUAAUUUUAGUCCAUUUUAAUGUCAUGGGGUGGGGGGAAGGCUGAGAAUGUGCCACAGUUGUGACCCUUAACCAAAAUUAAUGCAGCCCUUAAGACUGCAGAAGCUGGCUGUCCUCAGUCAAGAUGGAACAGAUGUUUUCAUUGGGUUCUGGUGGUUCUGUUUCCAUUGCUGCAUUGCUGAGUUGUUGAAGGUGAUACAAAUUAAAUAUGCUGUUCAGCUUGGGGGGAGGGGGCUAUUUCCCCCAUGAAUUGUCA